GCCAUGAGCCUAUCUUGCAGUGUUUUGUGUUUUUUCCAGGAGAAUGAACACAGUCUUUGAAGUUGGAGAGAUCUUGGCUUAAAAUCAAUGUCAUGUGGCCUGUGCUUUGGACCGUGGUGCGCACCUAUGCUCCUUAUGUUACAUUUCCUGUGGCCUUUGUGGUUGGGGCUGUGGGUUACCACCUGGAAUGGUUCAUCAGGGGAAAGGAUCCACUUCCUGUGGAGGAAGAAAAGAGUAUCUCAGAGCGCCGGGAGGAUCGUAAGCUGGAUGAACUUCUAGGCAAGGACCUUACCCAGGUGGUGAGCCUUAAGGACAAGCUGGAAUUUGCCCCUAAAUCUGUCCUGAACAGAAACCGCCCUGAGAAGAGUUAAUGGAAGACACAGGACCCUAUGGUCAACAGGGCUGUGACCGGUCCUGCCAUGAUGUCAACUCAGCCCCAGAACAUACAUCUGAUUUCUUUGCUGCUUAUUCUGGCCCCUUCUGCACCUCACAGCCUCACAUGUUCCGGCCGCUCCUUUAUAGCCAGGGAGACACAGGAGCAGCUGCGGGGCCAGCCGAGAGGAGAGCUGAGUCUGUAGAAUGGGGUUCAGCUGCUCAGGCUUCCGAGCUUCGGUUGGUGACUGCCCAGAGGAGUGCUGUAAAUGAACAUGGGCUCCAGUCUCCCCGGGGAGGUGGUCUGGCCUCAAGUGGGAAUGGCUGGGACUUGGGUGUUCCCUUUAGGAGGGAUACCCACGUGUCUAGUUCCAGUUUGCUCUGGGAAGAAUUCAGAAAUCUACCUGGUUCCCUUGAGUAGUUUGCCCUACCCUUUGUGAUCAUUCGUCCUGAACUCCUCUUGUCAGCUCAGGAAUGGGAUUCCCUGGGGAAGGAGAGUGUUUUCUGUUGUCAGAUGCGCAGGCUGUUCCUGCUGGGGCAGGGAGGAACAUGUGUCUGGUGAAUUUGCUUGAAGACAAUCACUGCCCUCUGUCCCUCAUCACUGUGUAGUGAAAACCUUGAUUAAAGUGGCAUCUGAGAACCA